GUCGUAACACACACGACUCGCCUCCGGCGGCGAGAAUUCAUCGGAUGAUUUGGUAACAUGGCAAAGAAGAUAGAUAUGGAAAACAAUGCCAGUCUCACGCCACGUCCCAGCCUAAUACCGACGUGCGUCCUUGGCCGUUUCCAAACCUCGUCGACAUCCAUACGCCAAGGACAAAAACGAACUCGAAACAGGCGUCGGAAUCGCACCACGCCGACUCGUACCUACGUACACCCGACAUCGGAACCCCCAUCCUUCUCAAAGGCAAAUACAAAUACGACCCGUGAUACGAAGAAGAAGAAGAAGAAAAAGAAGAUAGCCUAAGCAUCAUCGUUGUAGCGUGGCGCGCGAACAAAUUCCUCUUCCUCCGACCUCCGAUAAAUUAUUCCGAGAGGGGGAGGGAGGAGAGGAGAGGGGCUGGCCUAAAAGGUGCGCCUCCCUGGCGCCCUCCCCACGAGCCAUCUCUCCCAUAAUUGUUUGAUUUCCCUCCGCGAUACGGCCUCGGGUCUCGCCGUUCCCCCGCGCCGCGCCGCCAGAUCCCCGCGAAACCGUCGUCCGGGAAAGGUGGUGGUGUUCUUGGCAAGAUAAGAUCGGCCGAUGCAGCCCCCCAAAUGGAAGGCCGUGGAGGGCGGCGGGAUCGGCGGUGACCAGCGCCGCCGGUGCGUGGCGGCGUCGCUGUCCAUGCUGAUCGCGGCCACGCUGGCCUUCCUCGCCUACGUCGCCUUCUUCCCGGACGACGGCGCGGGCGGGGUCUACCGCUGGUGGAGCUGCCAGGGUUGCGCCGGUGCCCUGGACGAGUUCCCGCCCGACGACGAGGCCGACGGGCCCGCCGCCGCCGCCGCCAUAGGCGGCCGCGCGCCCACCACGCUGUCGCACAUCGUGUUCGGCAUCGGCGCCUCGGCGCGCACGUGGGACCAGCGCCGCGGCUACGCGGAGCUCUGGUGGCGGCCCGAGGCGAUGCGCGGCCACGUCUGGCUGGACGAGCAGCCCACGGGCGCCUGGCCGGCGGCGACGUGCCCGCCGUACCGCGUCUCGGCGGACGCGUCCCGGUUCGGGAACCGCGCGUCGGCCUCGCGGAUGGCGAGGAUCGUCGCGGACUCGUUCCUGGCCGUCUCCGCGGAGCUGGCCAACGGCACCGCCGGCGCCGGGCAGGACGAGGCGCCGCGGUGGUUCGUCAUGGGCGACGACGACACGGUCUUCUUCCCGGACAACCUGGUGGCCGUGCUGCGCAAGUACGACCACGAGGAGAUGUACUACGUCGGGGCGCCGUCGGAGAGCGUGGAGCAGAACGUGAUGCACUCGUACGGCAUGGCGUUCGGCGGGGGAGGGUUCGCGGUGAGCUACCCGGCCGCCGCGGAGCUCGCCAAGGCCAUCGACGGCUGCCUCGACCGCUACUCGCAGUUCUAUGGCAGCGAUCAGCGAGUGCAGGCCUGCCUCAGCGAGCUUGGCAUCCCGCUCACCCGGGAGCCCGGGUUCCACCAGGUAGACAUCCGGGGCGACGCGUACGGGAUGCUGGCGGCCCACCCGGUGGCGCCGCUGGUCUCGCUCCACCACCUGGACCACAUCGAGCCCAUCAGCCCCGUCGGCCACACCCCGCUGGCCGCGGUCCGGCCGCUGGUGAGGGCGGCCAGGUUCGACUCGGCCCGGCUGCUGCAGCAGGCCUUUGGCUACCAGCACGGCCCGGGCUACACCUGGUCCGUCUCCGUCGCGUGGGGCUACACGGUGCAGCUCUACCCGUGGCCCGUCGCGCCGCACGAGCUGGAGGUGCCGCUGCAGACGUUCAAGACCUGGAGGAGCUGGGCCAACGGGCCAUUCGUGUUCAACACCCGGCCGUUGAUGAGCACCGACACCCCGUGCUACCGGCCGGCCAUGUUCUUCCUCAGCCGGGUCCGGAACGAGACCAGCCGGGGCACCGUGAGCGAGUACUCGAGGCACGCCGUCAAGUCGGAGAAGGAGUGCGACCAGGCCAGCUUCCGUGCCGCGUCCACGGUUCAUACCGUCAAGGUGUUCGCUCCCAAGAUGAGCCAGAACGACUGGAAACGGGCGCCACGGCGGCAUUGCUGCAAAACAACGAGGACGAGGUGGGGCACGGUGCUGGAGGUGCGGAUACGGUAUUGCAGCCGAGGAGAGCUCACCACGCCAUAACUCUGUCUUUUGUUGUCGCCACGACAUCGCCGCACCCUACAGCGCGGAGAGUAGGAUGUUGAUAUUGCUAGUGCGAUAAUAAUGGGAUGGCAAAGGUGAAUAAUCCUCUCCGUCCGUGCUCUCGGAGGGAGACGAAAUCUUUUUGUUCCAUAACCAGCCGUACUUGAUAACGUAGACUGUACUUCCCUGCUGGUGCUGGAAAAUGUCGUGUUCAGCCUGUCCAGAUGGCUAUAUGACUUAUGACGGAUACACGGACACAUAUACAUACAAACAAGGGGUGCACACUUUUAGUUCGGCCAUAUGUGGGUUCGUGUGCUGUUUCUGUACAGAGCCGGUUCUUCUAGUUACAUGGUGGUGCUGCAAAGGACUGCAGGCGGUAGCAAUGUAUAGGUUCUGGCUACUUCCCAGUACUGUGUUCCUCCUUCCUGGUACUCUGGUAGUGCUGUGAAUCUGUGAUUCUAUCGUGGGGAAAUGGUUGAUUUAGAAACGUA